AUGAGAUUGCAGGAUCACCCUCUCUUAGUGUGGAAGUCCGAACGCGGUGUCUUUCUCGAUGAUAUUCUGCAGUUAGAGGUGCCUGCAUCCGGUACUCACGAAGAAUGCGAUAAAUGUGGCCUGAAUCAAGCCAGAUUACGUUGUCUCACAUGUAUCGACACUAGGAUGUUAUGCAAGACCUGUAUUAUUGAAAUACACCAAGGUAUGCCACUGCACAAGAUAGAGGAAUGGAACGGCUCUUAUUUUGAGAAAACGUCACUGGGUGCUCUUGGUCUGGUUAUCCAGCUCGGUCAUCAACUAGGGCACAUGUGUACUCUUCCUGCCGUCGUCAAGCCAUUCAUUAUCAUUGACGUUGAUGGAAUACAUACAGUGCAGAUGGGAUUCUGUAACUGCAUGCGAGCUGUUGAGCGAUACCGUCAGCUCCUUCAAAGUCGUUUAUGGCCUGCAACAACCAUUUAUCCUCGGACUGCCGCAACCUUCCGUGUCCUUAAUCUGUUUCAAGUACUGUCAUUCAUGUCCAAGGUGUCUGGCUAUGAAUUCUAUCACACCCUCACACGUCUGUCAGAUAAUACAGGCAUGCAUCCUCCCCCUGAUCGAUAUGAGUCUUUUCUACGAAUUGUGCGUGAAUGGCGGCACUUACGGGCCAUGAAGCGCUUUGGCCGAGGUCACGAGCCUGGGGGUAUCGAAGCAACUCAGCCCGGAGAGCUAACGCUGCGUUGUCCAGCAUGUCCCCAUCCUCACGUUAAUUUGCCCAACGGAUGGGCCAAUGAUAUGGAAAAACGAUGGAUAUAUCGCUUAUUCCUUGCGAUUGAUGCCAAUUUCCACCUUCGGCGCUUGAAUGUAUCGAAUGAAGACAGUGAUCCCAGCCUCAACCUCAGAUACGCUUAUUUUGUGGACGAGGCAAAAUUCAGGUUGCAUCUGGAGGCCUAUGGCAAUGUUAUUCCAGUAGAGGAGAAGAGUACAUGCAAUAAUCAUGACGCCGUGAAGCUCGCGAACAGUCGAGGUGGUCAAGGUGCUGCGGCGACGGGUGUAGGUGCCGUGGUUUGCAGUCGCCAUGAUAUGAAGCGUCCGUUAUCCGUGGGGGAUCUACAAAAGGGAGAGAGAUACAUUAACAUGGACUAUUUUGUUCUUUCAACGCUUUCGUGCGACACUCCUCCUACAUUGGUCAUCUCCUACGACAUAGCCUGUCAAUGGCACAAAAACUUUUUUGCUCGAAUUGAACAAUAUCCUCCUGAGCUCAGACCGCACCAACUUGAACGAAACAUCCUUUACCUUGUUCCAAAGUUUCAUUUACCUGUGCAUAUCCUAAAAUGUCGUAACAACUUCUCUUUCAACUUCUCGGCCAAAGUUGGAAGAACUGACGGUGAGGCACCAGAUACAAAGGAGAUGGGGCCAGGUUCUCGCUGGGAUACUUUGGAUGAUCACUUCGGGGAUUAUAAUUGGCGAAAGAUCAUUAUUAUGGCUCAAACUAUCUGCGAGAGAUUUAAGGAUGCGUUCAGUGCACGUGCACAACAUGUGGCUGAGUUCAUCAGCUACGAAGAUGCUUUACACCGGGAGCAUUCGACAGUGAUUGAUGAAUGGAGAAAAAUGGUUCUUCUCUGGGAAAGCGACCGUAGUCACCCAAAUCCCUUUGCUCCGACGUUGCGCCAUACGUCCCUAAAUCUCAGAGUCGCUAAUUGCAUUUACAAAUCAUCAACAGCUGUAACCGAAAACGCCGUGCGCUUAGAGUUGGCUCAGGAAGAAAAAAAGGAAGCGAGCAUAGAAAUAUGUCAUGAUGUAAGUCCGAGCGAGUUUAUCGCUCAGGGUCUGCAGUUAGAAGAGGCGCAAGUAAGGCUCACCGACGACAUCAAAGAACUUGGUACACAUUCAACGGACCUCCAGCGGACAAGGGUUCAACAACAGUCAAAUCGUAUUUCCCGUAAAAUCGAGGCUUGGAUUGAAGUACAGAAGGUAUACAUGCCCAAGACCAGCCUACUUCGCACCCAGGAUGAUGACCGACACCCUCCCGGCACUGAGAUUCAUGCGACAAAAAUUCCUCUGUAUCUUCCCUCAGCAGCACUUCGACUCGGAGCCAUCAAAAUAAAGAAUUCGGUUGUCGAGGAUGAACACCGGCUCCGGCUUGCUCAGGCUCAUGAUACUUUGGCAACGCUUCGCGACCAUCUACUGUUGAAGUCAUAUCUUGUAAUAUGGCGGCAGCGAUUUUCACGAGGUCAAUGGUACGGCACUAAAGCAAAUACCUUGAUGCACAGAGUGGAAAAGAAAAUAGAUGCUGAUGCGACCCGCUAUCGACAUAUUUACGUGGCGUUGGACACGCUGUCGAGCAGGUUGGGACGACACAAAUGGAAAGCGAGCCUCUCACCUCUGAAGGUGGAGGAUAUUCGUGGACUAGACAAUUACAAUGAGUCGCUCUCGGAGGGACAGCGCUCAUUGUCUUGGAUCUGGAAGACUCGGUUGCAAGGUGGAAAGGAAGGAUUACAAGAAGCAUUGCGUAUCGAAUGGUGCAAGUCCCGUGCUCGUGCACAGCAUUGGCAGGAGGAGUGUGUGCUUCUGACUGAGGAAAUGCGUCGUGUGCAGGUGACAUUCCAGUACUACGCAAACAUGUGGAAGGACCGAGAGAGUAAAGUGGACUCACCAGGGGCAUGGGCAUAUGCCCUAAAACAGGUGGCUCUGUGGCGUGAACUUGAAGAAAAUGCAUGCGAGCAGUGGGAUGUAUUAUUAGACCUCUAUGACUAUCACGAUGUCGACGAAUAUAUCACUGUUUCUAGUCGAAUACAUGGGCAAUCGCAUCAUACUGCUGGGUGA